AUGUUACUCAUACAACGUUUUAUUCUUCUUAUCUGUUGUUGUUUCUUGAAUUGUAAUGCUCUUCAAUGCUUAACUAAUUGUUCGUAUACGUUUAACUUUGAUACACCAUUCAAUGUACCUAGUCGAUGCAAUCAACAAGUAUCAGCCGAAAAAUGUCGUGUACAACUUACUUUUUGGUACUAUCUUCAAGAAUACGUUGUGAAUUUCGAAGCUGAGCCAUCGAAAACCAUUAUUAGUACAGAUAAUCAGCGUACUACUAUGAUCGAAAUAAAACCAACCGAGUCAUUCUUCUUUUAUUAUGGAAUUAGUCAUACAUGCACGAAUGGAGAUAGUUGUGCUCAAGAGUUUGCCCAGAUCGCAGUAUACGAAAUCAUUAAGCGUCAAAUCAAUUAUCUCGCUAUAGUAAAUGAACUUCGACCCCUGAUUUUAACUGCUCCACAAUCUGCGAACGAUUCGGAUCUUGCGUGUUUCAACUCAAACGAAAAUGUGCGACAAUGUGCUAUUGCAAAUAUUCAUGGUACAUGCACAAUUUCGGAUAAAUUAAUAGAAAAUGAGAUAAUUCACUCUUGUUCUAAUGAUAUGCAUACCAAGAUGUCCUAUUUGAAUAUAUCUGAUUCAGGUAGCUAUGCUACAUUUAACAUCAACUGUAAUCGACCCUUAUGUAAUGGACAAUUAACACUAAAAGCUGUCAAAGAUAUUAUGUUUAAAUACAAUGUGACAGUAUCACCCCAAGGACGAUUGAAUAAUGGUUCACAAUUUAUAAAAAUAUCUUCUUGGCUCAUGAUGAUUAUCAUUGUUACAAUAUUGAUAAAUUUAAAUUAG